GAGAAAAAAAGCUUUACAUAUAAUUUUAAUUUCUUUUUAAAUUCGAGGCCUAUAAGAAAUAAAAAAAAGAUUAAAUUAUAUUUAUUAAAAAGAAAAGUAUUUUACAAAUUAUUUAUGUAUGGUUUUGUUUCAAUCUCGGUUUAUUUAGAUGUAUAACAAUAACAAAGCAUGGCAACAUUAAUCUGAGUGAACGCAGGAAAGAGCUUGCCGAUAUUUCAUCCAUCUCCCUCGUAAAUUCUCGAUAGGCCAAAAGAUUGACAACAAAAGGCAUUAUUUUGAGGAACAUUGUUGUUUCAAAUGAUUCUGUAUAAAUAAGUGUUGUGUCUUGGGAGCCUGUAUUAGUGAUUUACACCGUGGAGGAAAAAAUAUGAAGAGGCGGAAUGCCGAAAGUGGCAAAUUGCGGCGCCCUUUAAAGCGCACAAAAAUCACCGAAGGAAUGUACGGAAACUCGCUCCUGUAUCUGAAGUUCGUGAUGCUGUGGGCCACAGUUGUGUUGGCAGAUUACAUGCUGGAGUUCAGAUUCGAGUUCCUCUGGCCGUUCUGGAUGAUGCUCCGAUCUGUUUACGACUCAUUCAAAUACCAGGGACUUGCCUUCUCAGUAUUCUUCAUCUGCAUAGCGCUCACGUCCGACAUGAUAUGUUUCUUCUUUAUACCGCUGCAGUAUAUAUUCUUCGCGGCUAGUACAUAUGUGUGGGUGCAAUAUGUCUGGUAUUCAUUUGCAGAAAAAGGCAUAUGCCUGCCCACAGUAGUGGUAUGCUGCUUCCUAGUGUACGUAGAAGGAGCGCUCCGGUCGGAGCGGACAGUCAACAUGGAGCUGACGCGGCCGCUCGCGGCGCACUGCGUGGGCUACCCCGCCGUCACGCUCGGAGCGGGCGUCAAGGCGCACAUAGCGCGAAGGCUGCGGCUGCGGCGGCAGCGGCAGGUGCGGCAGGAGAACGAGUUCUACUUCCAGCUCAUGAGAGACGCGCUACCUGAGAGCGCGCUGGAGCAGAACCAGCCGUCCAAAGACGGCGCGCAGGCGGAGUGCGCGGCGCAGGCGGCGGCACCGAGCGCCGCGCCGGCGCCGGCGGCCGCGGACGCGCGCCACCUCAACGGCUCGCUCAAGAAGCGGCAGCCGAACGGCACCGCCGACCCCGCGCUGCAUGCCAAGUUAGAUAAGGUAGAGAAGCCCGCGGCCAACGGGCGCGUGCACGCGCUCAGCAACGGGCAAGCUGGCAUCGACGACGACCACAGUAAAGAUUACAUUUUCCCAGGUGGUACAAAGUCGAAGUGUGAAAAGAAAGAGGCCAGUACAUUAAAAGAAGAAAAGAAAAAGAGUAAAAAUAAGGAUAAGGAUAGCAGCGAUAGUCAUAAGAGUACAGAACAGGUAAAAGAACAAAUAGUUAAAGAAAAAGAAGUAGAAAGUACAAAAGAAACGAGAAGUAACAAGGAGUGCAAUAGCAACAAGGAGAAAGAGAAGGCACUAGAAAAGGAGCGGGAGAGAGAAACGAGGGAGCGGGACAAGGAACGCGAGAGGGAGAGAGAGCGAGAACGCGAAUUGCGCGAAGCUCGCGAAUACGCCGAAGAAAUAAAGCGACUGAAAGCCGAGCUGGCAACGUCGCGCAACAACGAGACGGAAGCCCGGCGCGCGCUGGCCGCCGCCGCCGCCGCGGAGCGGCAACGUCGCGCCGAACACGCACAGUUGAAGCAACAGCAUCAAGCGUUGCAACAUAAAAUCGCAACGUGGCGCACGCACGAGCGAGCCACUCUAGAGCGACGGCUCGGAGAGGAGCGGCGCGCGCGCACCGCCGCCGAGCACCAGCUGCAGCGGGCCAAGCGACAACCACAACACAACAGUACAACCAACAACAACAACCAGUCGUGCGACAACGAGUGGUGCCGCGCGGCUAUUCGUUGCGGAGAGGCUGAGGCCUCGGCGCUCCGCCGCGAGCUUGCGAGAGCGAGACAGCACGCCACGGAUCAGGCUCUGGCCCUGGAGUCGCGCUCGCCGGCGCCGGCGCCGCCGUCGCCGCCCGCCGCCCCCGCGCCCGCCCCCGCGCCCGCGCCCGAGCCCGGCGCGCGCCUGGCCGCCGCCUGCGCCGCGCUGUCCGAGCGCUCGGCGCACCUGCAGCGCGCGCUCAGCGCCGAGACCAGGGUCAAGCUGGACCUGCUGCAGGCGAGGGUACGUACUGGUUAUAUCUGCCGCCGCCGCCUGGCCGCCGCCUGCGCCGCGCUGUCCGAGCGCUCGGCGCACCUGCAGCGCGCGCUCAGCGCCGAGACCAGGGUCAAGCUGGACCUGCUGCAGGCGCUGGGCGACGCCAAGCGACACAUGCACAUACAGGAGGGUACGUACUGGUUAUAUCUGCCGCCGCCGCCUGGCCGCCGCCUGCGCCGCGCUGUCCGAGCGCUCGGCGCACCUGCAGCGCGCGCUCAGCGCCGAGACCAGGGUCAAGCUGGACCUGCUGCAGGCGCUGGGCGACGCCAAGCGACACAUGCACAUACAGGAGGGUACGUACUGGUUAUAUCUGCCGCCGCCGCCUGGCCGCCGCCUGCGCCGCGCUGUCCGAGCGCUCGGCGCACCUGCAGCGCGCGCUCAGCGCCGAGACCAGGGUCAAGCUGGACCUGCUGCAGGCGCUGGGCGACGCCAAGCGACACAUGCACAUACAGGAGGGUACGUACUGGUUAUAUCUGCCGCCGCCGCCUGGCCGCCGCCUGCGCCGCGCUGUCCGAGCGCUCGGCGCACCUGCAGCGCGCGCUCAGCGCCGAGACCAGGGUCAAGCUGGACCUGCUGCAGGCGCUGGGCGACGCCAAGCGACACAUGCACAUACAGGAGGGUACGUACUGGUUAUAUCUGCCGCCGCCGCCUGGCCGCCGCCUGCGCCGCGCUGUCCGAGCGCUCGGCGCACCUGCAGCGCGCGCUCAGCGCCGAGACCAGGGUCAAGCUGGACCUGCUGCAGGCGCUGGGCGACGCCAAGCGACACAUGCACAUACAGGAGGGUACGUACUGGUUAUAUCUGCCGCCGCCGCCUGGCCGCCGCCUGCGCCGCGCUGUCCGAGCGCUCGGCGCACCUGCAGCGCGCGCUCAGCGCCGAGACCAGGGUCAAGCUGGACCUGCUGCAGGCGCUGGGCGACGCCAAGCGACACAUGCACAUACAGGAGGGUACGUACUGGUUAUAUCUGCCGCCGCCGCCUGGCCGCCGCCUGCGCCGCGCUGUCCGAGCGCUCGGCGCACCUGCAGCGCGCGCUCAGCGCCGAGACCAGGGUCAAGCUGGACCUGCUGCAGGCGCUGGGCGACGCCAAGCGACACAUGCACAUACAGGAGGGUACGUACUGGUUAUAUCUGCCGCCGCCGCCUGGCCGCCGCCUGCGCCGCGCUGUCCGAGCGCUCGGCGCACCUGCAGCGCGCGCUCAGCGCCGAGACCAGGGUCAAGCUGGACCUGCUGCAGGCGCUGGGCGACGCCAAGCGACACAUGCACAUACAGGAGGGUACGUACUGGUUAUAUCUGCCGCCGCCGCCUGGCCGCCGCCUGCGCCGCGCUGUCCGAGCGCUCGGCGCACCUGCAGCGCGCGCUCAGCGCCGAGACCAGGGUCAAGCUGGACCUGCUGCAGGCGCUGGGCGACGCCAAGCGACACAUGCACAUACAGGAGGGUACGUACUGGUUAUAUCUGCCGCCGCCGCCUGGCCGCCGCCUGCGCCGCGCUGUCCGAGCGCUCGGCGCACCUGCAGCGCGCGCUCAGCGCCGAGACCAGGGUCAAGCUGGACCUGCUGCAGGCGCUGGGCGACGCCAAGCGACACAUGCACAUACAGGAGGGUACGUACUGGUUAUAUCUGCCGCCGCCGCCUGGCCGCCGCCUGCGCCGCGCUGUCCGAGCGCUCGGCGCACCUGCAGCGCGCGCUCAGCGCCGAGACCAGGGUCAAGCUGGACCUGCUGCAGGCGCUGGGCGACGCCAAGCGACACAUGCACAUACAGGAGGGUACGUACUGGUUAUAUCUGCCGCCGCCGCCUGGCCGCCGCCUGCGCCGCGCUGUCCGAGCGCUCGGCGCACCUGCAGCGCGCGCUCAGCGCCGAGACCAGGGUCAAGCUGGACCUGCUGCAGGCGCUGGGCGACGCCAAGCGACACAUGCACAUACAGGAGGGUACGUACUGGUUAUAUCUGCCGCCGCCGCCUGGCCGCCGCCUGCGCCGCGCUGUCCGAGCGCUCGGCGCACCUGCAGCGCGCGCUCAGCGCCGAGACCAGGGUCAAGCUGGACCUGCUGCAGGCGCUGGGCGACGCCAAGCGACACAUGCACAUACAGGAGGGUACGUACUGGUUAUAUCUGCCGCCGCCGCCUGGCCGCCGCCUGCGCCGCGCUGUCCGAGCGCUCGGCGCACCUGCAGCGCGCGCUCAGCGCCGAGACCAGGGUCAAGCUGGACCUGCUGCAGGCGCUGGGCGACGCCAAGCGACACAUGCACAUACAGGAGGGUACGUAAGGGUUAUAUCUGCCGCCGCCGCCUGGCCGCCGCCUGCGCCGCGCUGUCCGAGCGCUCGGCGCACCUGCAGCGCGCGCUCAGCGCCGAGACCAGGGUCAAGCUGGACCUGCUGCAGGCGCUGGGCGACGCCAAGCGACACAUGCACAUACAGGAGGGUACGUACUGGUUAUAUCUGCCGCCGCCGCCUGGCCGCCGCCUGCGCCGCGCUGUCCGAGCGCUCGGCGCACCUGCAGCGCGCGCUCAGCGCCGAGACCAGGGUCAAGCUGGACCUGCUGCAGGCGCUGGGCGACGCCAAGCGACACAUGCACAUACAGGAGGGUACGUACUGGUUAUAUCUGCCGCCGCCGCCUGGCCGCCGCCUGCGCCGCGCUGUCCGAGCGCUCGGCGCACCUGCAGCGCGCGCUCAGCGCCGAGACCAGGGUCAAGCUGGACCUGCUGCAGGCGCUGGGCGACGCCAAGCGACACAUGCACAUACAGGAGGGUACGUACUGGUUAUAUCUGCCGCCGCCGCCUGGCCGCCGCCUGCGCCGCGCUGUCCGAGCGCUCGGCGCACCUGCAGCGCGCGCUCAGCGCCGAGACCAGGGUCAAGCUGGACCUGCUGCAGGCGCUGGGCGACGCCAAGCGACACAUGCACAUACAGGAGGGUACGUACUGGUUAUAUCUGCCGCCGCCGCCUGGCCGCCGCCUGCGCCGCGCUGUCCGAGCGCUCGGCGCACCUGCAGCGCGCGCUCAGCGCCGAGACCAGGGUCAAGCUGGACCUGCUGCAGGCGCUGGGCGACGCCAAGCGACACAUGCACAUACAGGAGGGUACGUACUGGUUAUAUCUGCCGCCGCCGCCUGGCCGCCGCCUGCGCCGCGCUGUCCGAGCGCUCGGCGCACCUGCAGCGCGCGCUCAGCGCCGAGACCAGGGUCAAGCUGGACCUGCUGCAGGCGCUGGGCGACGCCAAGCGACACAUGCACAUACAGGAGGGUACGUACUGGUUAUAUCUGCCGCCGCCGCCUGGCCGCCGCCUGCGCCGCGCUGUCCGAGCGCUCGGCGCACCUGCAGCGCGCGCUCAGCGCCGAGACCAGGGUCAAGCUGGACCUGCUGCAGGCGCUGGGCGACGCCAAGCGACACAUGCACAUACAGGAGGGUACGUACUGGUUAUAUCUGCCGCCGCCGCCUGGCCGCCGCCUGCGCCGCGCUGUCCGAGCGCUCGGCGCACCUGCAGCGCGCGCUCAGCGCCGAGACCAGGGUCAAGCUGGACCUGCUGCAGGCGCUGGGCGACGCCAAGCGACACAUGCACAUACAGGAGGGUACGUACUGGUUAUAUCUGCCGCCGCCGCCUGGCCGCCGCCUGCGCCGCGCUGUCCGAGCGCUCGGCGCACCUGCAGCGCGCGCUCAGCGCCGAGACCAGGGUCAAGCUGGACCUGCUGCAGGCGCUGGGCGACGCCAAGCGACACAUGCACAUACAGGAGGGUACGUACUGGUUAUAUCUGCCGCCGCCGCCUGGCCGCCGCCUGCGCCGCGCUGUCCGAGCGCUCGGCGCACCUGCAGCGCGCGCUCAGCGCCGAGACCAGGGUCAAGCUGGACCUGCUGCAGGCGCUGGGCGACGCCAAGCGACACAUGCACAUACAGGAGGGUACGUACUGGUUAUAUCUGCCGCCGCCGCCUGGCCGCCGCCUGCGCCGCGCUGUCCGAGCGCUCGGCGCACCUGCAGCGCGCGCUCAGCGCCGAGACCAGGGUCAAGCUGGACCUGCUGCAGGCGCUGGGCGACGCCAAGCGACACAUGCACAUACAGGAGGGUACGUACUGGUUAUAUCUGCCGCCGCCGCCUGGCCGCCGCCUGCGCCGCGCUGUCCGAGCGCUCGGCGCACCUGCAGCGCGCGCUCAGCGCCGAGACCAGGGUCAAGCUGGACCUGCUGCAGGCGCUGGGCGACGCCAAGCGACACAUGCACAUACAGGAGGGUACGUACUGGUUAUAUCUGCCGCCGCCGCCUGGCCGCCGCCUGCGCCGCGCUGUCCGAGCGCUCGGCGCACCUGCAGCGCGCGCUCAGCGCCGAGACCAGGGUCAAGCUGGACCUGCUGCAGGCGCUGGGCGACGCCAAGCGACACAUGCACAUACAGGAGGGUACGUACUGGUUAUAUCUGCCGCCGCCGCCUGGCCGCCGCCUGCGCCGCGCUGUCCGAGCGCUCGGCGCACCUGCAGCGCGCGCUCAGCGCCGAGACCAGGGUCAAGCUGGACCUGCUGCAGGCGCUGGGCGACGCCAAGCGACACAUGCACAUACAGGAGGGUACGUACUGGUUAUAUCUGCCGCCGCCGCCUGGCCGCCGCCUGCGCCGCGCUGUCCGAGCGCUCGGCGCACCUGCAGCGCGCGCUCAGCGCCGAGACCAGGGUCAAGCUGGACCUGCUGCAGGCGCUGGGCGACGCCAAGCGACACAUGCACAUACAGGAGGGUACGUACUGGUUAUAUCUGCCGCCGCCGCCUGGCCGCCGCCUGCGCCGCGCUGUCCGAGCGCUCGGCGCACCUGCAGCGCGCGCUCAGCGCCGAGACCAGGGUCAAGCUGGACCUGCUGCAGGCGCUGGGCGACGCCAAGCGACACAUGCACAUACAGGAGGGUACGUACUGGUUAUAUCUGCCGCCGCCGCCUGGCCGCCGCCUGCGCCGCGCUGUCCGAGCGCUCGGCGCACCUGCAGCGCGCGCUCAGCGCCGAGACCAGGGUCAAGCUGGACCUGCUGCAGGCGCUGGGCGACGCCAAGCGACACAUGCACAUACAGGAGGGUACGUACUGGUUAUAUCUGCCGCCGCCGCCUGGCCGCCGCCUGCGCCGCGCUGUCCGAGCGCUCGGCGCACCUGCAGCGCGCGCUCAGCGCCGAGACCAGGGUCAAGCUGGACCUGCUGCAGGCGCUGGGCGACGCCAAGCGACACAUGCACAUACAGGAGGGUACGUACUGGUUAUAUCUGCCGCCGCCGCCUGGCCGCCGCCUGCGCCGCGCUGUCCGAGCGCUCGGCGCACCUGCAGCGCGCGCUCAGCGCCGAGACCAGGGUCAAGCUGGACCUGCUGCAGGCGCUGGGCGACGCCAAGCGACACAUGCACAUACAGGAGGGUACGUACUGGUUAUAUCUGCCGCCGCCGCCUGGCCGCCGCCUGCGCCGCGCUGUCCGAGCGCUCGGCGCACCUGCAGCGCGCGCUCAGCGCCGAGACCAGGGUCAAGCUGGACCUGCUGCAGGCGCUGGGCGACGCCAAGCGACACAUGCACAUACAGGAGGGUACGUACUGGUUAUAUCUGCCGCCGCCGCCUGGCCGCCGCCUGCGCCGCGCUGUCCGAGCGCUCGGCGCACCUGCAGCGCGCGCUCAGCGCCGAGACCAGGGUCAAGUACUGGUUAUAUCUGCCGCCGCCGCCUGCGCCGCGCUGUCCGAGCGCUCGGCGCACCUGCAGCGCGCGCUCAGCGCCGAGACCAGGGUCAAGCUGGACCUGCUGCAGGCGCUGGGCGACGCCAAGCGACACAUGCACAUACAGGAGGGCUUAAUAUCACGCCAAGAGAAAGAAAUCGAAGAACUAAAAGCCCAAAUGCUGGCCGUGAUGCCGACGGAGUUCGUGUCGGCCGCGGGCGCCGGCGUCAGCAAGCUGCGCCUGUCCGACGGCUCCCCGCUCGACCCCAACGCCUCCGUCUACACGCCCAAGCAGCUCUGCUCCGACGCCUAAACUGGACUGGACUGGACUCAGUGAGGAAAGGUUUGGUUAUCAUUCUCCCGAACUAGAAGUUGGACUAGAAAGAUAAAUGCAUUGCACUUAUGUAAUCACAUACCGUAAUAAAGAUAUUUACUUACUUACUUACCGGAGCGGUGUGUGCAAACCCACAUCCAAAAGAAUUUGAAAUAGAGGUGGAUUGUCAAAGAAAACUUUGUAGCUACAGUAAAUUUACUGUCAUCUUUCGACACAUGACUAAAACUUAAAACGCCAUUUGACUUUGAUCCUUAUUCUUUCGAUGAUAUGUGUUAAAUUUGUUAAAUAUCAAAAAAUGGCGCCAUCUUACCGGGCAUCGGUUAAAGGUUGUGGCGCCAUCGCUUGAAAUGAUGCCUCCAUAACUAUGGCCUUUGAUCUAUUAGAUGGCGCCACUUUUUGAUAUUAAACAAAUUUAACGCAUAUCAGUGAAAGAAUAAGGAUCAAAGUCAAAUGGCGUUCAAAAAGUUUUAAUCAUGUGUCGAAAUAUGGCAGUAAAUUUACUGUGGCUACAAAACUUUCUUUGACAAUCCACCUCGUCAGCAAUCAUACCGUCCUAUAUGUGAACUCCGUUUAAAGAUAGCCGCGACAGGACGAUUAUCGUAUUUGUGUCGGCCGCGACAGGACGAUUAUCGUAUUUGUGUCGGCCGCGACAGGACGAUUAUCGUGUUUGUGUCGUCUGUCAUGUGAACACUUCCAUUUAAACAUACAGGCCACGACGAACGAAUCUUUCGUUGCGACUUAGUGGGAAUACAGCCUAACGGCAACUUUAUAAGUUAAAUUUUGUUUUUUUUUUUUUGUUUUUUAUCUCAAAUUCUGAAAUAACUUUGGAUAGUUUUAAUUUUAACUUUUUAGUUUUAUUUUUAGAAUAACAUUUGCAUCCAUAUAAGAUUCUAUUUCAUGCAAGGAAAGACAACCAGGUAGAAAUAUUGUUAUAGCUAAGCUCUUUUUAGUCCAACUUGAAGCAACAAGACACAUAUAACAAGGGUAUAAAUUAGAAAAAGCCCAUCUGAAAUCCAAAAGUCCAAAUUUUACUGGAUAUAUUUUUAAUCUAUGUCCUAUUAUAUGAAGUCGUAAGGGAGAAUUAUUGUUAAGAAUUGGACCUCAUUGAUUAAGUUGUAAAGAGCUAAGCUUAAGUCAAGGUAAAAUGACCUUAGCGAUUUUAGAGGCAGCAUGUUAUGUAACAGAAUUAAAACUAAAAUAAUUGUUGUUAAAUUAACUAUUAUUUUAAAAGAUUCAUACAGUAAGUGUUUUGCAGCUGCCAAAUGCGCUGGGGUUAUUUUUAACUUGAUCUGUGAUUUAAUAUUGGUGAAUAAAAGAGACAUUUCUUAUUCAAUCUGUACUGGUAACCGGUCUACAUGUUUAGGCACGUUAAUUUAUUUAUUAUAUUAAUUUAUGAAAUCCUACCAAUUCAGAUCCCGUGAUGGCAAGCUUAACAUAAUUCUAAUAAAUUAAACUCCUAAAUAAGGUAUCAUAUUAACUGAUGCCUUGUUAUUUUGAACAAAGAAAAUUCAAUCAUUUCAUUUUCAGAUUCAAAAUUCAUUUACAUUUUUCUAAGAAGCGGGUAUUUUAGAAAACAAAGUAAAUAUCGAUAAUAAGGUAAAAGUUCACCUCUGCACUAAGAUUUCGUCUCCUAUACGGUCUUAAUUCGUCCUCUCGAGAGUCAACGCCGUAAAGCAAUAAGAAAUGUUUCUAAUAUCCUCUAAUAUUAUCUUAUCAAAAAUGAAAUCGUCAGACGGAAAUCAUGAACUUAAUUUAUUAAAAAUAAUCAAUUAACAUCAUUAUUUCUUCAUGAAACAAUACGUCUGUCAAGUUCAUUGGUUAGCCCUUUAAUACUAUUGAUGUUAAAAAUAUUUGCGUUCGUCAUAUUCCUUUUAAUCCAAUACAAUAGACUGAUUUCGUCAUAUUAAUCCUCCAUUUUAACACUCAAUGCCAAGCACCUUAUUUCAAAUACAAAAUGAACACGCUAGCGUGUUUUCUCGCUUAAUAGUGGUGUCAAAAUACGCCUAUCGUUGCAACCGCUGUGUGAAGCUGUCGUCGUGCACGGUCCGAAUAGUGGCGCAGUUGGAAAACAGCCGCUUAGAAACAGGUAGCAGCGACGAUCCGGGUUCAAUCCCCGGAAGUGUAUGCAGAUACUUUUUGUCAUUUUUAUUUGCACUUGAAUUUCAUAUUUUUUUAUUGUCUAAGUGUUCUUGGCAGUGAAUGUGUUUAUAAGCAUUUAUCUGGCAUUUAAAGGAAAAUUCAUAGUAAUUUUUGAACGCAAACUAUUUUUACUCGAUAGACAUAGCUUGCAUCUAGCGUGACUUUAGGAAUCCCUUCUGGUAAAGGGAGGUUAAACAAGUAUCUUGUCAUGCAGCGCUAUUCUUUAGGGUUAAAGGCCAAAGCACACCGGAUGCGUGUGUGUAUACAUGCGUGUGCGCUAAAAUGUUGGACUGUUGUUUCGAUGUCAGUUUCGAUCAUUCACAUACUAAAACUAAAAUUUAUUUUGUAACUUGGAAAGAAAUUUAAGCCUGCUGCAUUUAUUUUUCAUAGAAAUAUUAAAUAAUUUUGACGAGCUGAUCUUGAAUUUGACUUGCUUUAUACAGCGUGUUUCAUAAGGCGUGAGCAGGCCUAUACAAUCAGUAAAUGUUAAUGAAUCGUUCACCAUCAUAUUUAAGAAAAACAAACACGCUUUUUUCUGUUAUUUAACUUUUUGUUACGGACAAAUUUGACUAUCUAUAAUCAAGCACACAACAUACAACACUUAAAUAACAAAGAUAAAACCUCUUUAACCAUUAUGACAGCACUUUGAUUAUGAAGAAAGUAAAAUGUCACAAUUGAGUGAGAUAGCAUUUUUCAAAGUAACCAGACUCCUGUGACAUUCAAUUUGUCAAUUGUUAUGGAUAAAACAAAGAGGGUGACCAUAAAUGUCGUAAAUAUAAAACUUUUUUUAUCAGUAGAAAAUAAAUUAACAUUAGGCUCACAAAUACUGGUAAAGCAGCACAACACUUAUUGAAUGCGCAGGCUUGAUCCUGCUCACGCAGUAGGCAUAAAAUUUGGAGGUUAGAAUUCAGUUAACAUGACAUUUACAAAGAUGAAAUAAAGUGGAUCAAGAAGGUUUUGCCAUAAAGAAUAGCGCUGACUCAUGUCUAGAUAUCCAGCUUUCAACAUUACGCUGGUUUUUGUAUGGGCGUUUUGUGAUCUCAUUUUUUUGUUCUCUUAUUUAAUUAACCUUUUGAUAUUUUUUCUUAAUUUAUUAGUUAUUUAAAAAGCGUUUUCUAUUUGAAAAUGUCCAUACAAACAUCGGUACAACCGGAUCUAACUGAAAAUAUACGAGUAUGUUAGUUUUGUAACCGUGUAUGUCGAUAUGAUAAUAGCAGAGCGUUUAUUUUUUCAUCAAUGAAAUAUUUGGAUUCAUAAAGCUCUGUGAUGAUCGAAACGCAGGUCUGCGGUAAAAAAAAACCGUUUGAUAUCUAUGGUAUAACACAGAGACGCGUUUCGAUGACCUCUCAGCUUAUUGGCCUCUCCAUGCGUCACCGAUAAUUGGAUGCGUUUGCAAUACAAUGCGGCAUUUGGUCGAUCGAUUUAAUUCGUUGCCCCAACUUUGCCAGCAAUUGUCUGAAAUCGCAUGCCAUUUGUAGCAACGUCUGUAGAAGCCUUAACGGUACCUUUGCCGCCCGGAGCGACGUAAAUGUAAUUUUAGAACCGUAUUGCUCUAUUGGUGUACUUUUGAUCUCUAAAUGCAUAAUUUAACAGACAGUAUUGCUGCAGUGGACGUGCUCUUUAAAUUUAUGUGAUAAAUUGUACAAACGAGAUCUGAUUCGAGUCUCCCUUCUUGUGUAGUUUUUAUUGACGUUUAGGAUAGCGAAUACAUUGUGACGCUAUUUCUUGGGAUUGUCAGGGGUAGAAACGUAAUUGGUCAUACGCUAUAUUUUGCCAUAUCCUCGUAAGUCCUACGGUCCUACCGGUGGGCCUUGGAGAUUACGUUUUAAGCCAAUACGCUUUAUCGAUUGGUCGAGGCCUACGGUCCUACCCGGAUGGUGGGCCUUGAAAAUUAUACUUUUAGCGAAUAGGCUUGGUCGAUUGGUCGAGGCCUAAGGUCCUACCCGGAAGGUGGGUCUUGGAGAUUACAUUUUUAGCCAAUAGGCUUGGUCGAGGCCUACGGUUCUACUCGGAUCGUGGGCCUUGGAUAUUACGUUUUUAGCCAAUAGGCUUGGUCGAUUGGCCGUCUAAUCAAAAGGGCCAUUUCUAAUUGCAUGGGGGCACUGCCCCCUACCAUUAAUACUGGUCAAAUAAGUUUAAUAUGCGAAUUCGUAUGACCAGGUGGGUUUCUUUCACCUGAUAACCUGUAUCUUGUUGGAUAUCGACUUUAGUUGUAGGAUACCAUGACACGACUGACCCUGUUAUGCGGUUCACGCCGCAAUUUCAUCAAACUUUUGCAGAUGGCAGCUCUGACAUUGUCAAUAAUAAUCACUAGUAUUUAAAAUACAUAUGACUGUCAGAGACAUUAAUCGUUGAUCCAUCGAAAGUUCAAAUGUCCAAUGUAAAUUGGAUUUUUGUCUUUUUGAAUUGGCUGAAAGAACACCAGUCGAGAAAUUAUUCAAACUUAACGAUAUUUUUUAAGUUUUUUAACGAACAAGACGACAAUAUUUAUUUUUUACUAUAUGGGACGGAUUUUUCAGUACUUUUGGAAGAAAGUACAUGUUAGAGCUAUCAUCUACAAAAUUCAUCACAAAAUCAUCGCUUAACGUAAUUUUGUUUUAAGUCGAAAUCGUUUUAUUUGCAAUUUACACACAUGUAAAUGUACCUAUCUCCUUAUGUGUUCAAAAACGGUACAACUAAUUGUUGAUGUUUUCUGUAAAAUAUUUUACAUUGUUUGACGACUGUGUCGUUGAAGCUGUCAACUCACGUCAAACCAGGCCAGCAAAAGGCAUGAUUAGUACUUUGAACUAUUAUUACUACGUAUGAACCGGUACAGAGAACCUGUAUUUUCCGCCAUGAGUUGUUUUGACAACAAACUAUAGAAGCGGAGCUUGAAUCUCGCAACCUGAACGCGUAAGCGCCAUGAAUUUUUACGGCGCUUACGAUGUUUUGGUCGCGUGGUACAGUCAGCGUCAAAUACUUUGUAGCAGUCAAAGUGGCCAAAUAGUUCGGUACACCAUACUAAAUAUAUGGUGCACCGAACUAUUUGGCUACUUUGGUUGCUACAAAGUAUUUGAUGCUGACUGUACAGGUUGCGAUUGCGUCGAUUUCCUCGUUUGGUAUGGCUUCUCUAUAGUAAUAAUAACUCAAUUAAGAAAGUAAUUCUUACACUUGUCUUCUUAUUCUAACCCAUACUUGCGUCCCUCUCUUACGGACAUCAUGGUCAUAGAAAUUAAAAGCUGCGAUGGAUCGAUAAAAAGGGGAAAAUGACAUUAUGUAUCCUUAACUAGCUAUCAUUCUUCAACUUGCCUACAUGUGAAUUCAAAUCUAUGGAACCUAACCUAGUAUCCAUAUAUGUGUCAUUUUCAACCAAGAGAAGGUACUUAUUGACGGUUGUCUAUAAGGCGCUAUUUCCAUAAAGCUUCAAUUUGAAAUCGACCUUAUCGACAACUGGUUGAUUGAAAAUGUCACAUAUAAUCAUUUUCAGUAAAAAUCUGGCUAAUAGAUAAAAUAAAAUAUAAGCCUUUAACAUACGUCAUGAAUCUCUUUCACAUUGUAUAACCUCGUAAGGCCCACCGUACAAAAUUUUGCUAUUUUGAAAUUCAACCUUGUAUAGUAAACUGGGAUGAAUUUCGGUUGUUUGAUACAACAAUGAAACAAAAGAAAUGUUAAUGAACAUUGGGCCUUGCGAGGAUGAAAAGAGAUAAUUUAUUUUCGCCGAUAAAAUUGUAAUUUUCUCAAAGUGAGUUGGCAUCUGAUAAAUUGUUGAAUUUCAAUGUAACUAAUGAUCGUUUGAACGCGCUUGCGUCAUAUGCUUCCCUGAUACUUCCAUUAUGUACAAACGGUGCAUUUGAGUUUCGCCUUUAUUUCCGGAAACUGGAGACAGCAUUGGUCGUUGUAUGAAUAGUUAGUGUAAGGACUGAGUGGACGCUCAAAGCCGAGCGUUCGGUGGGGCGUGCAGCGUGGCGUCGGGCUCACAGGUGACGUGAGCAGCGUGCACUGCGGCCGCUCCUAUACGUUUGCUUUUGUUUAAUAUGCACGCCGCACGCAACUCGAGCGUCUACUCUGGCCUGACACUUGGAUUACAAGCGGGGUGUGAAAUUUGUGGAAACUACACCAAUUUCUAGUAAAUUAGAGAAUUUAGUUAUUCUCAAAAUACUGUGAAUUUGCCGCGGGAAAUGUGCAUGGUCAUGCUUAGAAAUUAUACGGCAAAAAUGACCACCAUACAACGUCUUUUUGUAUUUUUUUCUUGUCCAGAAUGUUUAGCUUUUUAAAGAGGCGGCUUGAAUCGUCUAUUUUUUUAAUCACUUUGAUCUAUUAAACCGGACGCCAAAUUACUUAAACUAAGAUCUAUUAAACGUGACGUAAGUGUUAUUUAAACUUCAUAAUCUCAGAAGUUUGAUAUUUAAAAUAACACCUGCAUCGUCUGGGAUAUCAAAUCACUGCAAACUUGGUCUAACUGUAGCUCAGACGGAUUGUAACUUUUAGACAACCUUACGAUAAUCUGGAGAUUUAAGGCACUUCCUGCUUCCUCUCUUAUGCACGAGACUGAUGUCGUUUCCACACAUCUUAAUUGUAUUGACGUUAGGGUAAUUGUACGGUUUGGUACUCUGUGGAGUGUGACUUUGUAUGUUGUUCAUAAGUGCCAAUGUUUUUUAUUGCCCCGUUUGGUUUGCUUGUUUUUGCUCGCUUUGGAAACAUAUGAUACUACUAAAUAAAUAAAUAAUGUGGCCCUAGUGAAAAAGGGUACAAGUCUCUGGCAGUUUAGGUGUAUAAGGGCAUAAGUGUUACGUGGAACUUACACCCCUUUACACCUGCGCUGCCAGAGACUUGUACCCUUUUUCACUAGGGCCACAGUAUAUUUCUGCGAGAAUCAUUGUGCAAUGGUACUUAAAUUAUGUUUUCAUGAUAGUUUUCUUAUUAAAUCCUAUCUCUGGUUUGUCUUCGAAGUUCUAUUUUUUUAAGCAAGUUAAUUGGAUAUCAUAUUGUAAAGCAGUGUUACUAAUUAUUAAUUUACAAAUAAUUGUUAUUAGGCACUUUAAGCAAGGAGAGCAAAAACAAGCAAGUAACAAUAAACAACCUGUUUUAAUAAGGUAAAAACCCAUUGAUUGGUACCCAAAAUACCACUUAAAUUGGCAAUAGGCGGUUCCACACAGAGCGAGCAAUACGCGCGAGGCAAUUUCCUUACGCAUAAAACGGCCAGUGUAGACGUGCCUCCCAUGUAUGCUCGCGCGUUGUGGACCCGCCUGUUCAGUUUUGACAGGACUGUCGAGACUCCCACUUCAGGGUUGAACAUGCCGAUCAUUGGUAGGGUGUCAAAGGUUUCCGACAAACGCACAGAACUCAAUCGGAUUGUAAAUGAAAUGUUGUUAGUAUUAUUUUUGAGAUUGUUAAAAUAAAGAUUGUGGUCUUCUCUAGUCUCUGUUGAAUGUCGAUUUACACUAUACUAUACAGUUGUCCAAUGUUGUUCUAAAUCAGUUAGUGUAAAUCGUCCUUUAACAUUACGUAUAACCUAAGUUUUUAGAUGGUUAGUUUUUAAACCAAGCUUAGCCGUGAAGGCUUCCGUACUUUUUUUUUCAAUACCAAACACGUAAUUUGUGGAAAUUAACGUACUUAAUUUAGUUAUAGAUAUUGACGUGGACUCUCGUACUGAAACCAAUCUGCAGCAGACAUCUGUAUAUUUUGUCAUACAUUUCUAGGACAAAUGUGAGAAUGUAGGUACAAUAAUUGGUACAUUCAGAAAAAUCUGGAUUUUCACUAGUGAAACGUAAGCGAUGUUUGUUUAUUAUAAACAGAGGCUGUAACAGCAAUAAAAGAUCAGACUUGC